AUGGCGGCUCUCGAGAAAGCUAACGUGAGCAGUAACCCAAUCCAUCCCACUUGGAUGCCGUUCAGCUCCACCAGGUCUGGGGAAGGACAACUAUCUUUCUCCCUGCGGCUAAUGACUGAUGACUGGCUUACAGAGCGCGCCUCCUCCACCUACUACCUGGGCGAGCUCAUUCACAUCGAAGCUUCUGUUUCUAUGAUUAACCACUUGCCCCUGAAGCUCCACAUUGACCGCUGUGUAGCCACCCUGAGCCUGGACAAGGACUCCACCCCGAGAUACAACAUCAUUGAUCACCACGGGUGCGACCGAGGACUCCUUUUCCACCUUCGUGUUGGCGGGGCUGACCAUGAGGUGGACAAACUCCGCUUUGAUCUGGAUGCUUUCCGUUUCUCCGGAGAUGAGCAUUCCCUGGUUUUCAUCAAUUGUCGCUUGAAAGUUGCUGCAGUUAAUCGGAGCGAUUCCAUGAACAAAGCUUGCACUUUCCAGAAGACGCAGGACACAUGGACUCCACUGGAAGAAACACGCCUCGAUGUCUGUGCUUGUUGUCGCCUGGGGGAAUGCGCAGCCAUUGGAGAGGGUGUAGUUUCUCCCAGAGGACGGAGGGAGGCUCGGAAUGAGGCUGAGAAAGUUGAUCAAGCGACGUGGGAGGGUGAGGCGUCGCUUGGACCACUGGUCAUUCUGGAGAACAGCGUGCCUGACCUGGCAACCCAACCCUUCAAUCAGAUCGGACGACCUGGAGGGCAAACUUCACGUAGGGGAGUUUGUAUGAUUCUAGCAAGACUAAAUACCAAGUGA